AUGUCAAACUACGAAGCUUUGCUACAAUUUAAUAGGAAGGCUGUAUCUAAGGAAAUGGUGCAAUAUCUAGCAUCAACUACAGCUUCUAUUAUCAAAAUUAAGAAAACGAAUAGUAUGAUAGAUAUCGCACUACCAGCACCACCGUUGACUAAAUUUAUCAACCGGUUGAUCAAGCAUUCUAACGUUCAAACUCCGACUUUGAUGGCCACCUCUGUAUAUUUAGCUAAAUUAAGAUCAAUAAUACCGAGUAACGUUUAUGGUAUAGAGACCACUAGGCAUAGAAUAUUCUUGGGAUGUCUAAUAUUAGCUGCGAAGACGUUGAAUGACUCUUCUCCUCUUAACAAGCAUUGGGCCGAAUAUACUGACGGCCUGCUCAUACUACGAGAGGUUAACACCAUAGAAAGGGAACUACUAGAAUAUUUUGAUUGGGACGUCACCAUUUCCACGGAUGAUUUAAUUACAUGUCUCUCGCCAUUUUUGAAGCCUAUCAAAGAGGAGAAGCUGUACAAAUCGCAAAGAGACCGUCACACGCUGAACAGUCCCUCUGCUCAAGAAAAGGAUAUGGUAGACAAGUCAUCCUCUUCCCAUUCGCGCUCCUCGUCUAAUUUGUCUAUUCCAUCUUUGGCUUCCACUUCGACCCUCUCCACAUUGGAAUCCAGAAGAUCCAAUUUGUCCAACUAUAGCAAUAGAAUACGAACUUUACCAGAACUACAUGAAUCCAAUGAUAUUAGCGACAAGUUUUCUCCGCGAGAAUACAAUAUAUACUCCAAACAGAAUAACAAGGAAAAUAGAAGGCCAAUACCGACAAGUAAGCCGUUCAAUUUCAGUAAAGCACGUCCUGUGAUCUUGAAAACUGGCUUGGAUAAACCGAUGAUUAACGAGGAUUCAAGAGUGAAGAAAUCAAAUUGGUCAAAUUUCUUCAAAUCGUGA